AAAAAUCUGGGAUAACUGAGCAGAAACAGCACUGCACUCUGGACUCUCGAGACGAUCAGAUCGUUACGCAGCACUCACUUAUUCACGCAUCCAUUGAAGUUCAAGAAGAAAAUCCUUGCACCAUGGCCGAGCUACUCUUCCCACAAUUGGAGCGCCCCUUGCCGACGCUGCCAUCGCUGCACUACACCCUUUUCGCCUACAGGGAGGAGUUGAGACGUCGGGAUGCUCCCUUCAUGAAGAUGUCGACCAUCAAGCUCCACCUGACCGACAACCUGAUCUUGCAAACGAUCAAAAACAUCCGGCAGUACGACACCAUCGAGAUCAUGAAUCUCAACAGGGAGAUUACGUUCAAGCGCCGCCUGACCAAACAAAUGCGAAAAGUUCGCAAACUGGAGAAACUUGGCCUGAACAUCGAUCCCCGAAAACUUAGCAACACCCAGGAUGACAACCAAUUGGACUAAAUUGCAGCUUAAAUAUUUCCAGAGACAAUUUCAAUUUAUACAUAGAGCACAAACCCACCUAUUCUUACAUACUCUGAGCAUGUGAAAUUAGAUUUUAAGCGAUAAUUUCCUCAAGUUUCUAAAACACAAUCAUGUGAACUGACUCUAUCAAGUGUAAAGCAUUUUUUAAAGAAAAUAAAUUAAAAAAAAUCAAA